AUGGCGGACGAACCUGGACAACCACCUGCGCUUACCACGCUGAGCCUCGCUGAGAAGGCGCCUGCCUCGAAGGCCGUCAGCCAGGUUAUUACUCCUUUCGACGUGUCUGGAGGCGUGGAUGAGACUGGUAAGCUUUUGCCAGUUGACUACGACAAGCUCGUCCGUGAGUUUGGAGCGACUCCUCUCACUCCAGACUUGCUCGAGCGCUUCGAGAAAGUAACGGGUCAUCGCCCGCACCGUUUCAUGCGCCGUGGCAUUGUCUUCAGUCACCGUGAGCUCAACAAGAUUUUGGACCGUCAUGAGAAGGGCCAGCCUUUCUACCUUUAUACUGGGCGUGGUCCCAGUAGUGACAGUAUGCAUGUUGGACACACUGUUCCAUUUGAAUUCACCAAGUGGCUACAAGAUGUUUUCGACGUUCCUCUCGUUAUCAUGAUGACCGAUGAUGAAAAGUACAUGCACUCUCAGAAGAUCGAGGUGGAGGAUUCGAAGCGCUUUACCAAGGCCAACGUGAAGGAUAUUAUUGCGAUUGGAUUCGACAUGAAAAAAACUUUCAUCUUCAGUGACUUCGACUUCGUUGGCGGUGCUUUCUAUGAGAACAUCUGCAGAAUGGCCAAGCGUAUCACGAUCAACCAAGUGCGAGGUACAUUCGGUUUCACUGACAGCAACAACAUUGGAGAGUUCCACUUCUGCGCCACUCAGUCUGCCACUGCCUUUGCGACCAGUUUCCCCCAUAUUUUCGGUGAAGAUCGCAAGAAGGUUUCGUCCAUUCCUUGCUUGAUUCCCUGCGCCAUCGACCAGGAUCCCUAUUUCCGCCAAUGUCGUGAACACGCUGAAAAGAUGAAGUACAAGAAGCCUUCCCUCAUCCACUCCAUCUUCUUGCCUGCCCUUCAAGGCCCUGGCUCCAAGAUGUCAGCCAGUGUUGAGACUUCAGCUAUCUACAUGAACGACACCCCGAACAAGAUCAAGAACAAAAUCAACAAGUACGCUUUCUCCGGUGGCCAAGAGACCAUGGAGCUCCACCGUGAGCUGGGCGGCAACACCAAGGUCGACGUCCCCUUCCAGUAUCUCACCUUCUUCCUGGAGGACGACGCUGAACUGGAGCGUAUUCGUGUCGCUUACGAGAAGGGCGAGAUGCUUACGGGCGAGUUGAAGAAUCUCUGCAUUGCUGAGUUGCAAACGUAUGUGAAGGGAUUCCAGGACCGUCGCGCCCACGUCACUGAUGAGGUUCUGGCCGAGUUUAUGCGCCCUCGUCCUCUCGAGUGGAAGGGAAACCCCAACCCAGUAAUUGCUGAGAAGAAAUAA